GUGAUGGUGUCAGUUUGACGUUUCAAACGAUUCUGGUUUCUUUUUCACGGAUACUCAUCUCUGAAGAGACACGUUGAGGAAGAACUUACAAAAUGCAGAUCUUCGUCAAGACCCUCACGGGCAAGACCAUCACCCUCGAGGUCGAGCCAUCGGACACGAUCGAAAAUGUUAAGGCCAAGAUCCAGGAUAAGGAAGGUAUUCCCCCGGAUCAGCAGCGUUUGAUCUUCGCUGGCAAGCAGCUGGAGGAUGGUCGCACUCUGUCCGACUACAAUAUCCAGAAGGAGUCUACACUCCAUCUGGUGUUGCGUCUUCGGGGUGGUAUCAUCGAACCUUCGCUGCGUAUUCUGGCCCAGAAGUACAACUGCGACAAGAUGAUUUGCCGCAAGUGUUACGCCCGGCUGCACCCGAGAGCGACCAAUUGCCGCAAGAAGAAGUGUGGACACACCAACAAUCUGCGCCCCAAGAAGAAGCUGAAGUAGAUUGGAUGUUGCCGUGUUGGAAUGGGAGGAAGUGUUCGGAGUGGAUUUCCGAAUUUGUGUUGGAAUAUGUUCGAAGAAGGAAAACAGUUCGUCAAGUUGCAAGUAAGAAAUAAAACGAAACGUUCCUGAAAAUAUGAAUAA